CUACUGAAAAAACCAGAAGGGGUGAAGAGGCAAAUUCAAUUAAAAUCCAAAAAUUUAAAGAAGAAAAAACCCCAAAUUAAACAGAAAUCUCUGCCUCUUGGUACAUUAUUUUCUCUGUUUCCGUUAUAAAUCUCUGCAAUUUUUCACUAAACGCCAUUUUUCCAGACUUGCAAAAUACCCUGUUUCUUAUUCAAAAGAAAAAUGGUGGAUCCUGACGUUGGUGGCGGUUCUGGCGGUGGAGACGGCGGUGGGAGGCCUUCCCUGCCAUUGCCGUCCAAAACAAAGUUGACAGAACCCAGCAAAAAUCUAGAAGAAGCUGAGAACGAGCUUGAUCGAGCCAAAGAAGAAGUGACUGACCUGAAAAAAGAGGAAAAGGCAGUGACUUUUUCCAAAGGCAGAAACUUUGACCGGUCAUCCUCUUCCUCUUCCUCCACCGCUCCGCCGAACCCAGCGGCCGAAUUGCUAAAGGUGAAAGAAGAAACUGUAGAUGUUGUGGUUGUGGACAAUGACUUAGAGGGUGGAGAUCAUUGCAAGACCAUCAACGCGGGCGGUGGCGGUGGUGAUUUUGGGUCGCUUUCUUCGUCUUCUUCCAUGGAGCUGCCUAAACCCAUGGAGGGUUUGCGCGAGGCGGGACCACCGCCGUUCUUGAACAAGACUUUUCAGAUGGUGGACGACCCGGAAACCGAUUCGAUUGUUUCGUGGAGUGAUGCUCGGCAGAGCUUCAUUGUUUGGGAUUUGUACGAAUUCUCCAGGACUCUGCUGCCCAAACACUUCAAGCACAACAAUUUCUCAAGCUUCAUUCGCCAGCUCAACACUUAUGGGUUCACAAAGGUUGAUCCGGACAGGUGGGAGUUUGCAAAUGAAAGGUUUCAGGGAGGGAAGAGGCACUUGCUGAAGAACAUCAAGAGAAGACGCAGAUACAACAAGAAGCCGAAUGUGGUCUCUGCCGAUUACCCCAAACCCGGGUUGGAAGCCGAAAUUGAGUCCCUAAAGAAAGACCAGGACUUUUUGAGAUUGGAAAUCUUGAAUCUCAGGCAACAGCAAAAGUACUCGCAGCAUCAACUAACUGCGUUUCAACAACAAAUUCGUAGUUCUUUGUGUAAGCAGCAAAGGAUGCUCUUUUUCCUCACCAAAACCGCUGUGAAUCCCAUCUCUGUGGAGCAGCUAAUGCAGAAGAGAAUGAUAAAGAGAGAGCUGGACGGUGGUGUUCUAGGCAAGAGAAGGAGAUUGCCUCCGGCCCAAGGCAUUGAAAGCUUUGAUGAGUGGAUAAAUGACAGUCUCAGUUUUGAUUGUAGAAAUCAAGUUCAGGAAGAACCAGUGCCUAUGCAAACUGCGCUUGCUGAACAAAUCUCAGAGGGAAUCACUUCCCAACGAAAUGGAACCCCAUUAUCAUCUCCCAUGGUUGAUAAAUCAUGUAAUGCAGGUCAAGGUCUACAUCCCCGUUUCAUGGCCGGAACAAGCAGCUCGGAGGAUGUGCCCUCUGCUUAUGAUGACAUGUCCGAUAAAUUUCUGGAAGAAAAUAUAGUUUCCAAUGAUGAAUGUGCACUGAACGACUCCAGUUUUUACCAAGAAUUGGAGGAUUUGAUUGCCGAGCCGUGCGAUUGGAGUGCAUAUGUGAGUCACUCCUUGGUGGAGCAAGCUGGUUGCAUUGGCUGAAUGCCUUGAAUUUCACAGGGAGAAUCUAUCUUCUCUUCAAUGUUAUUGUGUUUGUGCCGUGACUGCGGACGAAUAUAAUCUGCUUUGGGUUUUUCGCUUCUACAGUAGGAAUUGGAGAAUGAAGAUGCAACCACAGGUGAAUCAUGAACUCCUUAAUCUUGUAAGUUUUGUAAAUAUUUCUCUCCGCUGUACUGAUAUUGCACAGCUUGGUUAAGAACGUAAACUCUGUAUAAUAUAAUUAUGUUCAUUCUGUCCGUA